AUGCUUCCAAUUGGCGAGUAUCAGGCUCGCUCAGAUAGCAACGAGACAGACCAUCGCUGGUGGCAAAGUAGCACCUCAUGCAUUGCACUGAGCGUCACUGGAUCAGUACACUUAGGGCCACAGAGUGAAGGUGUGAAAAUUUUGAUUGAGUAUGGAACUCGACCUCGUUCAUCAGUCCGUGAAUCCAUGAUCCCUUCUGUACCCUCUCAGCGAAAUACUGGACAAAGACUGAAACGCACGCGGAAAGGCGAAAGGCGCGUCAAUCGGAUUUACCCGCCAAUGUUAAUCACACGUCAUCUCAUGUUUUUGGUACUGGUGGUUUGCAUUUUGAUAUCCGGAAUAAGCGGAGGAGGCGACAGAGUCAGACUAACAGAUGUGAACACACUCACCUUUCAGCGUGGGCAUUACACUGCCGCACGACGCGGUAUCUCAGUCCCUCAGCUUGAAUGCGUCGGUGGCACCGCAUCAAGAUUUUCCGAUUAUCACCCAUCCACGGCCCAGUGCUACAACAAAGGUCAUGAUGGUCGAGAUGUACAAUGGGAGUGUAAAGCCGAACUAAACAAGAACGUGCGCUUGGGACGCAUUACCGUCAGUUGUGAGGGCUAUUCUUUCCCAGAGGACCCAUAUGUUCUCUAUGGGUCGUGUGCGCUCCAAUAUGAGUUAGACUUCAAAGACGGCUACAGACGAACCAGUUCAAAGGAUCAGAAAUGGUACCACAAUUUUCAGUCUGUCAUUCAGCCGCGAUGGACGAACUCAAAUAUGUUGCCCUAUCUGGUAUUGAUAGGCUUAUUGAUUCUAGCAUUCGCCAUAUGGUUCUUCUGUUUACGCGAUAAUUUUGGACAAACUUCUGGUCCAGUGGGAUUCGAUGACAUGCCUGGACCGGCACCACCAUAUGCACCGUACCCAACAGAAGCGCCACCACCUUACGAUGAGGCUACUCAUACACCCUUCUCAGCGUUCACAGAGGAUUCCACAACUAGACAGCGUCCAACAUCAUCGUCCUCUUCGGAUUACGGCUGGCGAAGAGAUUUUGCUCCCAACCGUUCGGGACCAAGGAGUUAUCAUCCCAAAGAACAUACACAGUCUGGUUCGUGGCUAUCGAACAGCCUGGCUGCUGGUGCUGGCUUUUUGGGUGGUUAUUUUCUUGGUUCUCGUGAUCGAGCACCAAUGCACCAUACCUCCCAGAGUCGAUUAUAUCCGGAUUUAGGUGGAGUCGGAGACGAAACCACUUACGAUUCACAUACGGCCACCACGACUACCCGCACUAGUUCCCAUAGGUCUAAUGAGGAUGAUCGCGAUUCGUAUGUUGCUACUGGUAAGUUCACUGUUUUGCCAGCACCAGCCGGCGCUGAACGGUGUGCUGUGGCUAAUUAAUCUACAUACAACUGACUUUACUGUAGAUGUGUCCCAUUUCAGAGUUCUCACUGACUCCCUCUCACUUCGCCCUAACAUCAUUUCUGACUAACAUUUGCUUUCAUCGACAGUCAUAUUUUUCAAGUGCAUUUUACACAAGUGUGUACAAGUGACACUGUUCUCUUUUCACUACAAUCCUUCGGGUUUGACUUGGCCU